AUGUGUAACCACCUGAGGAGAUACUGGAUGCAGAGAAUCCGUCUACUGAUCCAAAAAUUUCCCCCCCCCGACUCUACAACCAAAAAACCACCAGGUCCUACUCCAGCCCACUCCAUAACUCCAUCAGAACUUGAAUACGAACUCCGCAAGAGUGCCUUGAUGUUGUCAAUCUUGAUCAAUCUGGUAGAUAUUGCUGGAUACAGCAUUAACUCAAAUGGGAAGUCGCAUGAGGCCUGGACCCUGCUAGCCAAGCAGUAUGGUGGCGCAAGCGAUAGGGCUAGAAAUAUGUGGGAGAGAGCGUUAGCAAACUGCAAGUUUGAAGAGGGAAUGAAGGUUGCAGGGGAGAAUGGCCAUAUCAAGAAAAUGCGCGCACUACACAAGGCCGCUAACAAUGUUGGUGCUGAAAUCACUGACAUACGCUUCAUCACUAAACUCCUCGACUCCUUCCCCAAGUUUUGGGACCCCAUCAUAUUGAAUCUUUACGAUAAAGAGGAUUUAAGCGAAGUAAUCAUGAAACUCACCUCACACGGGGAAUGUCUCGCCAAUCGCGCAUCUGAAACCACUAAAACAACUAAUCACGCAUUUGAUUCCGUCAAAGCUCUGGAAGCAACAGUCCACACACUGCAGGCUGAAGUGAAAACCCUACGAACAAGGCCUGGAGGAUCAUCUAACCCAAAUAAGUCUCACCUUGUAUGCUCCAACCCUUCAUGCAGAAAGACUGGACACUUGAUCCCUGAUUGUUUCCAAAUGGGAGGUGGGAAGCAGGGACAAUACCCCCCAUGGUGGAAAGGGAAGCGGACCAUUUCGCCUAUCGCAAAUUUGGUGUUCUCGUCCUUGACAAUAGAUGGUACAAUAAACACUGGUCGACACUUCGCCUUAUCGGCAACAUUCGACAACAACUUGGUAUAUACAAUCUACAUGUCCUUAGUCCUUAAAAUGUUUGGUUCUUGUGUUAUGGCACCAACUUUGUCCAAAAAAUCAUGUGACAUUACUUUUGAUCAAUCAAAAAUAUCCUGGUUCAAGAUAUAG